CAACGUUCCCCUCUCCCCAUCAGUCAGCAAAUCCAUCCAAUCUUUUGGCUUAGACCCCGUCGUUUAUUCCCAUCGCGGCCAGUAUCAGAAAGUUCAGAACUACCAGUGUCGGGGUAGAAGGGAAAGAAGUAGAAGAAGGAAAACCGAACAGGACUUUUGACUGGUUAUUGCCCGGACUCCGAAUUCUCCUCAACUGAACCGGCUUCUUUGUACAGUUUGCGCGUCUUUCUCUGCCCUUCAAAUUAAGAACACAGUAAAUAUUACCUGUUGAAACGGGCUCCUUGACUUCUAAUACAGGAUAUAACAGCGGUCCGCGUACAUUCUUGGGGGGCAUUUCCCGCACCAGCCGCAGAAAUCGUCGUCAGCACUUACGCUUGCUUCAGGGAGCAAGAUAAAUUCGAUCCUAGCAGAACGAGGAACGGCUCCGAGCUCCGUCCGCACGUACGUACAGUACCGUACUACGUAAGUAACAACCGCCGUCAGAGUUCGCGGGACGAGCAAGCCAAAAACAGAAGCGAACAAUCCAAGCGAGCGAUAACCAAAUCGUUCUAGCUCCUCCAGGUUUAGACUCGUCUAGUUGGUCCAGCAAGCGGAGAGAAGAAGCCUCCCCGGCCCAGCCACGCCAUUUUCCGACUUGAUCACCACUCACAGUCACACUUGAAAGGUCCCGGAUCCAGGUUACAUAAUCCGUCAUCCAUCCGCCGGAACUCUCUCUUCACUCGUCUCUGUCAGUCAGCGUCAGGUCCCCCCCUCGUUGUAGUAAUCAUCAUCGCCCGCCCUGGGUCAUUGCUACUUGGAUGCUGAGUCAGACUCUCCUUCCCCCGAGCUCAAGCAUGCAGAACUCCUCAGCCAGCGGCGCCAAUAAUCAAGGUUAGUCAAGACAACUCUUCUUCUCUCUUUUCCUUUCCUGUUUUGCUUUACCUAUUUCCUUGUCUGAGCGCGUCUUGGUUCUUGAUUUGGACCUACAGCUCUGUCUAAUAUCUACACUAUACUACGCCUCACUUGGGCCUUGGUCCAUCGCGACUUCCAUAGAGCUCCUUGCAUCUGUCUACUAUUUGAAUGGCAUCCUUGUCGCGUCAUUUGCGCAAUCCCAUAUACAAUACACUUAGAGGUUCUUGUCCUCAACAGUUGGAUCCGAUAUUCGUUUCAACCACCUCGGCUUCGCGUCUGGUUCAAUUACUGUUGACGUAGGUGCUGGGUGCAUUGGCUAACACCGACCCCUCCACAUAGAGCAGCAUUUGCGCGCACAGCUCGAGCUCCUGAAGAGCCACGACGCGACAGGCUCAUCCUCACCCACUCCCCCUGGACCUCGUGAAUCUCGACCUUUACAGCCCGCUCCUGCGCGGCCGGUGAAUGGCUUCGAUCACUUGUCCAGUCCCCAAGACCAACAUCGAGUUCUAGCCACGAAAAGCGAAGUUGAAGCUCACAUUCAUCCUGAUCUUCGCGCGCGAGCCAACCACGCACCGACAGGAAGCAUGAUGCCCAUUGUUCCUCCAUCUGGACAUAGUCCAGGCGCAUCUGCUGGCCCGUCAAGCGCUGCACUUGCUCCAGCGCCCCCAGCGCCUUUGUCGGCAGACGAUCAUAUGGGAGACGGUCGCAAAGCAAAGCGGGAGCUAUCCCAAUCCAAGCGCGCAGCACAGAACCGAGCUGCACAAAGAGCAUUCCGACAACGAAAGGAAGGCUACAUAAAAAAGCUGGAGCAGCAGGUACGCGAUUUCACGGAGAUGGAACAGUCUUUCAAGGCAAUGCAGGCGGAACAUUACGCGCUUCGGGAGUAUGUCGUUCACUUGCAAACGCGGUUGUUAGAGACGUCAGGCGACUACCCCCCACCCCCACCGAACGUGAACCUUACUCCUGCUCAGCCAGCAUCGGCUUCAGCUAUAGCAGCUCCUGCUCCUCAUGCCGAGCCUGCGCCCAGUAAUCCAGCUGCAGGAACACCUUUGGAGGCUGUUGCGCAAGCCGUGGCUGGCCUUGCGGCUCAGGAGCAAAUUGAGCGUCAAAGGUAUCCCUCGCCGCAUUUCAAGGCUGAGCCUUUCAAAGUUGAGCCCAGUGCUGAGGAUACAAGGACUGCUGAUGAGAUCAACAAGCAAUUGCAACACUCGGAAGAACCCCAAGCACAACAACCAGCGGUCUAGAGAACCGCAUGAUAUCCAUGUGCGCGGGGCUCUGCAACUGUUAUUAUGGCGUUAAGGUAGUGAUUGUCUUGAUUCAAUAUUUAUAAAGAGAGGGGCGUUCGGGGCUAUUUAUGUGAAAGAAAGGCUCCUCGAUCAUACCAUGUAGGCUUCGCUUGGCGAGUCCUAUUUACCUGGGCUGUCAUGUUUACGGAUGAUAUCACCAAGACGGUUAUACUUCGUUAGUUCAGAUACUACUCCUGUAAUAAAAAUAAGUGUCCCAGAAAACACAUUUAGUGUGGAGCAGCUGCCUGACGAUUUUGCUUGAAAGUGUCUAUCGUGUUCGCC